UUUUAUAUUUCCAUCAUUGCCCUUUCCUCUCUUCUCCCUCUCCUCUCUCUCCUCUCUUUCUUUCUCUCUCAUCACCAUGUACCAAGCAAUUCCUUAUAGACCAUCUGUCUCCACAGUCACACGUGACCUUCCAAUCAGCGGAGGAAUCCACGACACCAACAUAAUCACAAUGGUUUCAGAGAACGCAGUUAUCAUCAUCGGCACACGCGGCUGUUGUCUCUGCCACGUCGUCAAGAGAUUGCUACAAGGUCUCGGAGUCAACCCUCCGGUCUACGAGGUUGAUCAAGACCGUGAAACUUCCGUCGUGGCUCAGCUGUCAACACACGCUUCCGCCGCAGAAACGGUUCAGUUUCCGGCGGUGUUUGUCGGUGGGAAGCUGCUUGGAGGACUGGAAAGAGUCAUGGCUAGUCAUAUUUCAGGUGAACUGGUUCCGAUAUUGAAAGAUGCUGGUGCUUUGUGGCUUUGACAUGGUUCUUCUUAAUUUUUUUUACUGAUUUUGCUUGUUUUUUUUUUUUUUGGUGUUAAUUAUGAGUAUUAUAAGUUUCAUUUUUAAGCAUAUUUUACUUGAGGGUUGGAAAAAGAUAAGUACUAUCUUUAUGUUAAACAUAAAUCUGUAUAUCUUGUUUCAAUUAGUUGAUGGUGAGAACAAGUUAGAAUUGGAUUGAAUCGGAAGAUCAUAAGAUGAAUCUAUCUUUUCAAAGUUGAACAAGAAGAAUGUCGCAGAUUCAAAUCAGAUGAAUCUAUCUUUUUAAAGUUGAACAAAAAGAAUGUCGCAGAUUCAAAUGAUCCCCAGUAUUUCUGAUGUUUCUGUUAUCAAUCUGAUUUAAUUUUAACAGGAUCAAUUGGAAAGAUAUUGUCAGCUAAUUAAAUGUUGUUCUCAAUUUUGUAGUACAAAUUAAAAAUAUUAGCAAUUGCGUACAAAAAUAAGUAUCAGCAAUUAAAUAAAAUUAUAAAUUGCUAUGAACUUAUGUUUGGAAAAUGUCUUCUCAUGUCACUGAAUGGAAUGGUGCCAUAAUUUAAGUCCUACACGUUAUCGUUGUUAGAAAACCUGGCCAAGUCAAAUACACGCACAUUUCACACGUGGUCCAAUAACAUAUUGUAAAUCAUAAUUACAAACAAUAUUUUUAGAAUCGUAUAUAAAAAUAUAUGUUUAAAAUUGGACCAAACUUUGAUUCUAAAUAUGUCAACAUGGCGGAAAUGGAGCCGAUUUUCAGUAUUGCUAAUCUGUCUUCGCCUCCUAGUACCUCUAUUGCUCCUUCUCAGCUUUUCCAAUGACCCUUUUAUAACUUUCAUGUGCUACUGGCUCUACAAGUCCAAUGAAGUCAUCCCCAUUAAGUCCCUCAAACACGAUGUUUGAAAAAGGUGAAGUGAUUAAAUUAUGUACACAAUGAUUUCUCUAAAGCCUACGACAAAUGUUGUUUGGGGAUAGGCUCUCAAGUGUUGAUUUGCGAGACAAGACACGUGUGACAUUAAAUGCUCUAUCUAUCAUGAUGAGUUUGUUAUGAGCUUUUGAUAUUACUGCAUGCAUUAAAAUUGAGUCGUAGAUGCGCUUUUUUCCUUAAAUGUUGGUGCACACCUAUGGUUGAUUUGAAUGAAUAAUUCAAUUCGAAAUAUGUAUUUUUCAUUGGCUUUGUGAUUCAAAUCAAGAAAGUGUGAUAAAUCAUAUAACACUAUCAUGUGAAUCACAAGAGUGUACUUGAAUCAUUAUCAAACAAACUUAUGAAAAACAACUAUAUAUGAUUUGAAUCAUGUGAUUUCAUGAUUCGAACCAAAGGUAUCAAAUCAUGAACUUAAUCAAACAAGCGAUUUCUAUAUUUAAUUACCUUGAUUCAAGACAUUUUUCCUCUAAUUCAAACCAUAACU